AUGGCCACCAACCCAAUGGAAGAGGAUUCUCUGAUCCGAGCACUGGAAGAUGAGCAGCAGUUUGGUGUUGCUCCAGAAGCCCCUCCGAUACCAGAGGAGAUUAUUGCCCAACGGAAUCACAGUGAUGAUAUUGAGACAUGUGUUUCUUCCAUUACCGAUGCCAUUCGGGAUGGGGAACUAUAUGUGGAGCCGAUGUAUCCUGUUCCUGAAGAGGGUGCACCACAGCCCAUGGUUUUAGAUGUUGCUGCCGAAAGGACCCACCCUCAUGGGAAUUCUAAGCCAAGCCCUAGGAUCGUCGAAACUAAUGAGCAAGAGGUUGCCAGUUUGGCAGCAACAAAUCCAGUGGAGGUUGCCAAAGGAGUUCAUUCAGCAGAGAUUGACAAACUUAGCGAUGAGGGAGAAGAAGACUGCAAGGUCGAACAACCAAAAGCAGAAGAAAUCGUGCUAGGUGACGAAGCUGCUGGGCAGGAAGAAGCAGCCAACACAGCCCCUUGA